AUGUCAAACCCGGCUUCCAUCUCGUACAUUGAGUCUUUGAAGGCCAGAGUUCGCGACCUGGAGGCCCAAAGUAACGAUGCAUCCGACACAUCAAGAAAUGGAUUGGAUGCCGAACAUUCAUCACCGCACCAUCAGAACGGCAGCCUUUUCGAGCACGAUACGCCCCAUGGACCGAGCCCUGGUGAUGGUGUAACAGCAGUCGAAACGAGGUCAGGAAGCAACUUACAAGAUGCUAUGCACGAGGCCAGCUAUCUCAGUUUAAGUGCAAUGGCAGAACCUACGGAUGGCCAGUCCUUGUCGAAUCAAGGGCUUUCAUUUCGAGCCUUGUUUCUCGCUACAACAAGUUUGGGUGGUACAAAUCCGAGUCUGCCCAUAGGAACCAACACAUCUCUCUGUGGAUCCAUGGCAGAUUUUCGCAACCAAGUUUUUUCCCACGGGAGCGGGCUGGACGCUGUCCAGAUUGCCGCAGCGUUCAGAACUUUUCUUGAAAUGGCGCCGACUUGCUUCCCAUUGAUGACGCCUAGGGAACUCGAAGAAUAUUACGAUAGUGUCAACGUUAGUGAGCACAAUGGAGAUGCUGAGCAUAUGAUGGAAGAGUCGCCAGAGAAGAUUGUCAUUGUCUCAAUCGGCGCUGCGCUAGGUUUACUGUUGUCUCCAAACUAUAGCUUCACCGAAGUCCUAGUAUCAGAACUAGCAACAAGGGCCUUCCGACUCAUGUCACGCGUAUUCGAUCAAUCAGGAGAUUUAGCCGUUGUGCAGUGCCUUGCGACUCUGAGCAUCUACUCACUGUACACAACAUACGGCGGUUCCUCGUGGCAUCUGCUUGGGCUCGCCAUGACACGCUGCAUCUCUUCAGGCAUGCAUACCUCUCGCGUUUCAGACGUUAAUUUGGACGGCCAUGUCAAAAGAAAGACUAGUCGGGUAUUCUGGACGCUGUACAUUCUGGAUACCCAUCUAAGUACGGCUUUGGACCGCCCAUUCUGUCUCAAUGACGGCGACAUCAUGAUCUCACCACCGUCGUCCCCGCAGAAUGCAGAAUUGGAUGACAAUGAGGCGGCAUUGCGUCAUCUCGUUCGACAUGCGCAGAUUUUGCGCUCGAUUCGCAAGCAGACGGAGGACUCGCUUUGCCAUUUUGUGAACCUGAGUCACUGGAGAGAAACAGCACCAGCAGUACUGUCGUCAGCCAGUCUUUUAAAAGACCAACUUUACGCCCGAGGUCUGAUUGAGCUCCUCAAGUGCCCCAGAUUUGCCACUGAUCCAGGCCGAAGCAUGAUGGAUAAACACAUUGAAGACGAGUUCGCUCAGUACGCGGCUCGUAUUGAGGACCAGCUCACUAACCAGCAACUUGCACCCGGAGCACUGGAAGGAUACCUGGUAUUCGCCAUUGGUAUAUUCGCUGUAUCACAGGCACCAAAUGAACUGCGGCAAACGUGCGUGCUCCAAUGCUUGAGCAGUCUCACAUUGCUGUCAGCGCGGUACACAGCCUUUCGAGGCUUUCGUGCUAUCCUCGUCGCACUUCGGUCCGGGCUGGCAACAAGAGAGCAUCUCGAGAAGCUGGUCGACGAUUCUACUAUCACUGUAUCCCCGCAGUUACAAUGGCUGGUUUUUGGGGGUCUACGGGCAGACCAAAGCAAUGUGGACCAAAGAGCACCAUGGCUUGGUUGA